AUGGCGUCUCAACAACCCAAUCCAACAGCUCCGGUGCUUCCCACUCCGAAUCCCACCCGAUCACCAUUGCCAUUGUCCUCAAGUCAGGAGUCUCAAGUGCGAGAGCUCUAUCACAAGCGUGUUCGUAUGAAGUGUGCCGAUGAAGUCAGAGACUUCGCCGCCUGCUGUACCGGCCGCACCUUCACCGCGACCAUCAUGUGUAGAACUCAGCAAAAGGCCAUGAACAGCUGCAUGAUGCGCUACGCCACGCAAGCGGAACAGGACGCUGCUCGAGCGGAGUGGUUUGCUACCAUCGAUGAACGUCGCGUCCAGCGGGAACAGAAGGAAGCCAAACGUGUCGAAGACGAAAAGUUCUGGCGAGAAUGGUGG